CCUCGAAAUAUUUAUCAAAUACGUAAGUAAUUCGAAAGGUUUUUGUCUUAAUUUUUAUCUUUUAAUCGCUAAUUUUUGUCUAAAAUUCAGUAAUUCGAAGUGUUAUCUGGUGUAUUUGGUGAUCUCGAUCGUGUCUCGGUUAACUUUCGCUUUCGUUCGAGUAUCGUUUAAUGGAAGAUACGAGUGAAACGUAUUGCAAAAUGUAAAAUCCUCUCGGAGAUCUACUUACAGAAUACGCAACUUGAUCGAUAUUAAUUCUUCGCUGAGAGUCGACAAUUUCAAACAUGUUGUUCUCCGUGAUCAAAUCAGAUCUAGAACCAGAUACUCUGGCUAACUUGAGCUUAGAGUGUAUCUGCAAUAACCUAGACGAAGUAUUCCCAGCCAAUCUGUCUGGUUACGAAAUCGAAGACGAUAUGGUACUACCGAAGGAAAUCUGCGAAGCUUUGAUCGAAACCUAUCAACGAGUUGGAAAAACCAUCGAUAACGAGUUCCUGCACUUGUUCAGCAACAAGAAGAAAGCUGCUUUACAGAAGGUGGUUAUUUGGAAUAGCAAUAUCACCGAUGCUGGGUUAAAGAACGUAUUACAAUAUAAUCUGAAAGAAUUAGAUUUGGCUUAUUGUAAAUCGCUAAGUUACAAGUCGUUUGUCACGUUGAACGAAUAUGGCAAGAAUUUGAAAACGUUGUCGUUGGGCAGCGAAGUAAACAUGUUGAAGAACGUACCCGAAGAAUAUUCCGAAACCGAGCCAAAUAUCAGGAUUGGUCUGCCUUCAGAGUUCGCCUUCGGAUCGAAGGGGUUUACGUUCAAUAUGCCUAAUUUAACCAAAUUAAUUUUAAGAGAUAUAGUUCAAACGUUCCAACCAUCUUUUUAUCACACCUUGUUAGAAUCUUUACCAAAACUGACACAUUUGGAUUUCUCCAACUGCUCCGAUCUGGGAGACUUGUCCUAUAUCGCGAAAUGCACCAAUUUGACAUCUUUAACCUUAUUCAACUGUAAAAGAUUACCAGAAGCUAUACCCUAUAUAUGUCACUUGACUAAAUUAAGGCAUCUGGACAUAUCGAAUAUAGAUGAUAAAGAAGGCAUAUAUUCGGAUCCUAAUCACGUUCUCAAAGGCAUUAUCGUAUCGUUACCAAAUCUCAUCUCGUUGGACAUAUCUGGUACCAAUUUGGCUGGCGAAGGUUGUGUCGAAAGAGAUCUAUUCGAUAAAACCCGAACUUAUCAUUCAGAUAUACCUGGUUUGGCUGGCAGAUAUGAAAACCAUCUGGAAUUCGUUGGACUGUAUGGUACAAAACAUGGUGCUUGUAAAAGACACCAUAUUCCUGCUGUCAAGAUUUCCGGUGAUGCUGACGAGAGUCAGAUUACAACCGCGGCGACAGUGUACAUGAAUCGUCCUCUGAUGUUGCAACGUGUUUUGAACGAUUUAUUCCAUUUCUUAAGGGCCGAAGCUUGCGUUAAUAUGUCCAAAGUACUGCAUAUUAUUCUAGAAGCACUCAAUACUCAUGCACCAGAAAAACAUAUACAGAUUUCGGGAAGCGCCGCUUUAUUCUACAUCGCUCGCAACAAGCAUACGAAUUUGCUGACUCAGAACGUUAAAAACAUGGUGAUCAGCACGUUGAUAAAUGGAAUGAAUCUUCAUAUCAACGACGAAACAAUGAUACGAAACGGAUGUCUAACUUUAUGCCAGUUUAGAAUUCCCCAGGAUAUUCUAUUCGUGUACAAUAAAUUAGUCGUAUUGCUCUUGCACGUGGUUAUGGUUAAAGAAGACGGCAGUUUCGAACAAAGGAUCGCGAUUUAUUUACUGAAUUCUUUAGCGUGUCAAGUUAACGAUGUCCAGAAAGAAACAUUAGGCGAAUUGAAAAUCAUCGAGAAAAUGCUUAAAUUGAUUAACAACAGAAUCCAGCAUAAAGUAUGCGACGAUGUGCUGGAAGUGGCCUGGUCCACGAUGUGGAAUGUAACCGACGAGACACCGGUCAACUGCGAACGAUUUUUAGACAAUGAUGGAAUGACCUCGUUCACUGGAUGUCUCGAUCAAUUUCGCCAGAAAACCGAACUUAUGAGGAAUAUGAUGGGAUUACUGGGCAACGUAGCCGAAGUAAAGGGCCUCCGACCCAGACUUAUGCCUUAUAUCAAAACGUUCUACGAUCUAGUUGAUUCUUUAGCCGAUGGCAUCGAGGUUAGCUAUAACGCUGCUGGAGUCAUUUCCCAUAUCGCUUCGGACGGUGAAGAAAAUUGGACUGAUACGAAUAUCAGACGAACCGAAGUACUUAAUAAAAUGGUUAGCUGUAUUAACGAAUGGGAUUUGCAGAGCGAACGAAAUAUCAAUUAUCAUUCCUUCGAACCAAUCCUCAAGUUGACUAGAGUCUGGCAUACGCCCGAAUGUCAACAUUGGGCUAUUUGGGCUUUAGCAAAUUUAACCAAAGUCUAUUCCGAGAAAUACUGUCCAAUAUUGGAAGCAGAAGAUGGCAUACAGGAUGUACAAAGGCUCAUAGACGAUCCUAGACCGAAUAUCGAAAUCAAAAAAUUAGCCAAAAUAGUCAUGGAAAAUUACCACUCGUAUCAACGAGGCCUUCAAGCGGCUCAACCUCUAGUACUUACGAGUAACCGAUUACCUCGCGGGGCUGCGGAUCAUUAGUCUCCUUAUUCCCUUAUUUAAUAUUUCCUCUUUUUAUGUACUCUGACAGUCUCUCUCUCCUCUCUCUCUCUUUCUCUCUGUUCGUUUCCCAGCCAGCGUAUUUUUAUUUUCUUCUGUUCUGUAUACUGAUAUAAGUACCUAGAAGUGUAAUAUAUUAGGGUUGUUUUGUCGUUUUUAUCGUGGGUAUUGUCCGUUUUAAUCGCUUUCGAUAGGAGCUGUAACACCUCCAUUUUAGUUAUCCGACAUCGUGUCUGUAUUGUUCAUCUUUAUACAUUAGUCCUUAUAAUAUGCUUAUAAAGCAAUGUAUCAGUUCAUAGAGCUAUAAUAUUCGCCAUGGUUGUUUUACGUACUCGUAUUUUCCCCUUCUCGAGAGUUGAAAUAAUUUGGCUACGUUGAACGUGCGAAUUUUAUUUCAACCUAUCGACUUAUUUUUAGCAUACGCGAACGUAGGUAUCUCGAAAACGAUUUUCGAUUUCGAGCUUACGAAAAUAUGUUUUAUGAAUAAUAGCAAAGUUACCUGGACAAUGGACAUCGUGCAGAAUGGAUUUCUUCGUGGAAGUGGCGCGCUUUGUAUCUACGCCAUUUUUUUUCCUUUUUUGUCGGUAUUUUAAUUCUUUUUUUUUCUCUGUUUUUAUUUUAGCCCCGAAUUACUAUUAUUUAUUGUUGUAUGAUUUUUUUUUCUUCGUUUUAAAUGUGUUAUAUUUACCUAUUAUGUAUUUUAAUCGCGAAGUUGUUUUGUACUUCCUUCUAUGUGGGAUCAUCUGUCGUAGAUAUGUAACAUGUUGCUACGCUUUUGUGUAGUCAAGUCACUCGUCGUGAAAGUAUCGUAGCAUAAUGUAAUCGUGCAACAUGCAACAUGUCCCUUUUGAGUUAUUUUACUAUGAUUUUUUUUUUUUUAGCGGUAACUUACUAACAUAAACAUGUUACUUUUUUUUCGCUUAAAUAUACGAUGUUUGAUUAAUA